AUGUUACAAAAAUACUGAUUUCAGAAUUUCAGAAAUAGUUGUUACAAUUUUGCGUACUUUUACUUUAUUCUGUUAUCUCAUAUUUAGUUAAAAAAAAUCAUAUUUUCUAUGGAAGAUACCAGUACGGAUAGAAGACCGCAAUUCGGUAACCGUUUCUUGGAAAAUGUUGACGAAGUCUUCAAACAUAACGCGUGGUAUUGUAAUCGCUAUUAUAAUUAGAAAUUAUAAUAAAAAACCUCAAAAUAUUAUUACCGAUAUACAAAAAUUAGAAGAAACUAGGCAUAGGAAAAAACCAGUUGGUGGUUCACGAUAUUUGAAGAACAAGAACCAUCUAUAUUUAUUUAAUGCUUGGGAUAAUGUUGAAUGGAAUGCAGAACAAGAAGAAGCAGCCAAAGCAAAAGUGCAACAGAAUUCAGAGGUGAAAUUAUCAGAAGAGCAAUUAAAGUCAUUAGAAGAAAAUGCAGGUAAACAUUGGGAUGCAUUUUAUGACAUACAUCAAAAUAGAUUCUUUAAAGACAGACACUGGUUAUUUACCGAGUUUCCUGAAUUAGCUCCAGAUAACAUAUCAGCACCAGUUCGUAUUUACCCAAACUGUAACACCCAAACAAAUCACAAUGAUGCUCUAAAUUUGUCAAAUAAGAAACGAUACAUAUUUGAAAUUGGUUGUGGUGUUGGAAAUACUAUCUUCCCUAUACUGCAGUACAGCAAAGACCCAAAUUUAUUCAUCUAUGGCUGUGAUUUCUCUUCAAAAGCUGUCAAUAUUAUGAAACAAAAUGAGUUAUAUGACACUGAAAGAUGUAAUGUAUUUGUAUUGGAUGCCACAACUGAUUGGGAUGUGCCUUUUGAAGAAAACUCUAUAGAUAUUAUUGUUCUAAUAUUUGUAUUGUCUGCAAUAGAUCCUUCCAAAAUGCCAACAGUCAUCAGGAACAUUUUUAAAUACUUAAAACCUGGUGGUUUAGUAGUAUUUCGUGAUUAUGGUCUUUAUGACUUAGCUCAACUCAGAUUCAAGAAAGGUCGCUGCAUAUCAGACAACUUUUAUGCUCGUGGAGAUAACACCAGAGUUUAUUUCUUCACACAAGACGAAGUAGCAACUUUGUUUAAAUCUGCUGGUUUUAGAGAAGAACAAAACUUAAUAGAUCGGAGACUACAAGUGAAUAGAGGAAAAAUGUUGAAAAUGUACAGGGUAUGGAUACAAGGCAAAUACAGAAAGCCAUCAUAAUA